AUGGCCCGCGCAUCAGUUCUAGCCGACGCUCUAAACUCCAUCAACAACGCCGAAAAGACCGGCAAGCGCCAAGUUUUAAUCAGACCUUCUUCCAAGGUCAUCAUCAAGUUCUUGCAAGUUAUGCAAAAGCACGGAUACAUCGGUGAAUUCGAAUACAUUGACGACCACAGAUCUGGUAAGAUCGUUGUUCAAUUGAACGGUAGAUUGAACAAGUGUGGUGUCAUUUCCCCAAGAUUCAACAUCAAGUUUAACGACAUCGAGAAGUGGACCGAGAACCUGCUUCCAGCAAGACAGUUCGGUUACGUCAUCUUGACCACUUCCGCUGGCAUUAUGGACCACGAAGAGGCCAGAAGAAAGCACGUUGCUGGUAAAAUCUUGGGUUUUGUCUACUAA